GUACGUUCUACAUUCUGAUCCGAGGAUCAGCUGGAGGCAGCAAUAAACAGAGGAAAACCUGCAGCGGAAGAAAACAAAAAUAGAGUAGAGGAGGAAAAAGCUGCAGAUGUUAUGAUCUAAAAUACAAACAUCAGUGUAAACUUUUUACACGAAGCCCUUCUUCUGAGAAGAAAGCCUUUUAUUUUUGUAUAAUGGUGUUUUAACUACCUCACAUAAAGGCUAUCUAAAGCUAUGCUUUAAGAGUUGUCGUUUCUACUGUGUGUGAGAUCUCGUUUACAACUUGAAAAAAAACACUGCAAAGGCAGGCCUUUGCUCUAAACCAAGUGAAACCUUACAUUUGCACUACAGAAGCCUCUCCACCCCUGUUUGACAAAACCAACAUCCUGCAAGGGGCUUCAAGUGAAAAAAAAAGAAAGAAAAAUCAGACAAAGAAAAGCAUAAACCUUAAAGUUAUACAAACAAGAAAUUCAAAAAGGCAGCUACAGCUUUUUCUUUGUGGACGACAAUAAGCACCAGAGUCACCAAUCAACACUUGACUAUACCGGCAGCCAUGUUUCAGCGUCUUAGCAACCUGUUGUUCGGGGAGGUGGAAGAGGUGGCAGCUGAGCUGAAGGGACCCAACCCAUGCGUGACGGAGGCCGACGAGGAGGGAUGGAUGCUCGUCAACCUGCCUGCAGCAUCUGAGUGCGUGAUGCAGGUGGAGGAUGAGACGGUAACCCCACUCAUUGCGCAAUCAUCCCCAGAUAAUAACCUGUCAAACCAUCAAGACACACAUACGAGGACUGAAUGCCCGGCGCCCAGUCCCCAACCACCCCACAAGCGUCGUAGGACACUUAAAGGUCGGGCACGGGGUGCAGUAGCAUCGUCUGACCCGCUGGCUUGUCCUAGCCCUAGCCCAUCAGACCUGGGGGUCAUUACACCUGUGUCCAUGCCAAGACGGACCAGACUGUCCACGCCCUCCUCCACCCCGUCGAUGUCCCCAGGCUCUGGGAGUGAGUGUGGGGGCAGUGGGCGUAGUAGUAAGGCAGGCUCAGAGAGAGGCUGCAUGGAUGAGAGUUGGUUUGUCACCCCUCCCCCCUGUUUCACUGCAGAGGGAGCCACAGCGGAGGCCAGCCCGAUGGAAGACCUGCUCAUAGAGCACCCCAGCAUGUCUGUGUACGUCUCCCCGAACAACCUGUCUAUGGUCUCCAACAGCAACCUGUCUGUGGUGGGAGAGGAAAGCAUCGUCAGCCUCGCAGGCAGCGUGAGCCGGGCGGCCGAACCGGCUGCUGCCCCCGCUGCUCACACCACCAUGCCCACCAGGGUGAGCCGUGGAGCAGCUGCCCAGGCGGGAGCCCUGGCCAAGGUCACCCAGGUGGCCAGGGUCCAGCGUAGCAAAGCCCGCACUGAGCGGCGCCAUCUGGGCCGCAACCGCAUCCAACGCCAAAACCGCACCAGGGAACAGGUCCCUCGCCACGCAGCCCACGCCAGAAACACCUUCCUUCACCAGCCCAGCAAGCGUAACUUCUGCCACUAAACUCCCUAGCAACCAGGGGGGCAUCGUUUACUCUGAGGGCAUUAGUAGUGCAUAGCCAACUUAGGACACACAUGAUUACAUAUAGCAUGUUCACACACGGCAUAUUUGCUUUGAUUUCUGCAAAUUAUAUCAUAAUACCCUCAGAUACCAGUAAACCACUGACUAACUAAGUGGUAGUUUGCUGCUGUUACGAACCGAGCCCUCUGAGUAAGCUUAUGUAGACCCUGAUUAUACUUCUUGUCCAUUGCAGUAUCCAAACAAAAAAAGUCUUCAGAAUAUUUAUACAAGUUAAACGUAGUAAUAGUAAUGUCAAAAAAAAAACAACUAAAAAGUUAAGUUCUCUUAAUUUUCUGUCCUAUCUUAGUAAUUUCUUUCUCCUUUCUUUCAUUCUUCCUCAAAGCAUGUUUUUUUUAAUCAAUUUAACUCUUAAAUCUUCAAAAUAAUUUUACUUUGCUCUGAUUGGAGGAUUUAAGUGUUCUGGUGGAAGUGUCGCAAAACAGAGAUGCAGUUUUUUGUCUUUUUUUUGUUUUACAGCAAAAACAUCCCAUCACAUCUUCAAGGCUUUUAUGUUGGGUGGGGGGCAGAUCAUGUCAAAAUGCAGCUUUAUUUUCAUUCAGACGAGAUGAAAGCAUUAUACCGUGAGUGACGAGAGCGAGAGGAAAACAUCCCCAGGCAUUUGUUUCUCUCCGGCUGGGCUCGCCGCCGCCGAAGUUCAAAGACGGUGGCGAGGGAAUGCGGCGCGACACGUUUUCACCGAGAGGAAACAAAACUGUUGCGAGAUUCCUCUCGCCUCGCCUUGUGAAGGGUAAGAGCAGGUUGAAGAUGGUGAGAGGGCGUGCAAAACAGACUAAAGAGUAAAAGGAAACAAUUAAUUAAAUGUAGAUUGUUUAGAAAUAAUGUAGUUAUGAAGAAAUGAUCAUAGGAAAGUGUGAUGUAACCCACUGCGCAGAUGCUGAAUCUUGAUAUUAAACCUUAUUGGACGAUGUUUUGCAUAUCCAGAUGCCUUCAUUUGGAUAAUGAAUAGUCCGUUUGUAAACAUAAUGAUAGGUGUCAUGAACACCUAUAAAAUCCUCCCUGAUAAGGAAUUUGGUGGAAGGGCUUGCCUGUGGGUUACAGGGCGUGGCAGGUUAUUGGAAAGUGCAGAGCGGUAUCGACGGAAACUCUUUAUUUUGUUUUGUUGCACGGUUUUCUUGCAAUUUGUUUUUAAAACGACAGUUUGCGGCCUCUUUGUUUUUUGUCGCGUUUCCACCAGAACAGGAAGUAAAACCCCCAUCAGGCAAAGCGAAAGUAGACAUUUGGUUUUUAAAGUCAACGAAUCAUAAAAUUCUCACUGCGGAUCAUUAACCUUAAAUCAUUAAUCGCUUCCUCCGUGAUCCCAAGCACCGCGCCCGGCACACACCAGUCAUGUUUUCUCCACCGUGUGUGCUGCGAUCCUACAUCAACCACGUGAACACCAAAAAAAAAGUGACAUCAUCCAUUGUACACAUCAGUCCGAUUUGUGUGUGAGUUUCUUUUUUUUUUCUUGUUUUUCUUUCAACCAUUGACUUCACUGAGACAACUGUUCGGAGAACAACGGGCAUCUUCCUUCCACAUUCAACCCUUUCGACAUCUUGCUCAUGGAUGUGCAAACACGUUACUGUCUUUCUCGUUAGCACAUCCCGCUCUGAGAGUGUCCACUUACUUAAGAUCCAGCUUACUGAUAUGUAUUCAACAACAAUAGUAAACAAUGGUGCUGAAGUGUAUACUAAUGUUUGUAAAUUAUUUGAGACAUGGAUGUAAGUUUGCACUGUCAUACAUUUUGUGAGUCAAAAGUUUUAGCAGCGUGCCGUGUGCUUGUUGUUGUUUUUUUUUCUUUUGUGGUAUUUUUUCUUUUCUUUUUUCGUUUCAGACUGCGUGUGAGAAGAUGUACCGACGUGUUAAAUGCUAGAAACUCCUUCAAAAAAACAAAAAACAAACACAUGAAUAUUGGUCAUUUGUUUCUCUUGUAAAUAUUAAAAAAAAGGAACACUUUA